AUGUCAAAAUCCGCGUCUCCUCCCUGUUCUCCCGCCUUCAAAUUUCCUCUGCUGCCUCAAAACCAAAAGCCACCGCAAUUGUACAACUUUCUCACCGACAGAGCGCAUUUCCUCGCCCUGCGUCGCCACGUCUCUAUCGGAAUCUUAUCGUCGGUACGGUCGGCUAACUAUUAUGAGUUUAUGCAGUCGAUAACAGAUCCGGCCAAUACGACGCAGCUAAACUGGAUAAAUGCCAGGGCUCACGAGCUGAAAGGUCUGAAAACACGACGUGCAUUUAUCAGGUGGCUAGAAAAACAUUAUGAGCUUCUGCACGGCGAGGACCUUUUGGCCUGGUCCGACGUGCUAAGUGACACCGAAUCGCCCGAGCCCCAAUUGCCAGGCCCAGUCGUGCACCUUGAGAAAACACCGACCGCCGACCUUUACCGUGCUGACGUAAUCGCCAAACUGGUGGUGUUGGAGCUGUUGGUUGUUGGGGCUGUUUCCGGUAUCUGGUGGUUUGCCUUUGCCGACGAGGUCGACGUCGCAUACAUGCGCUCCAUCUGGGCAGUGGCCCGUGCCAUGCUCUUGGAAAGGAAAUCCGGUAAAUAG